UUUGUUAAAACUUUAAUGCAGGCUGUUUUCCUAUCUGAAUGAUACGUAACUGAACGAUUUUUAAAGUAUGCUUCAGUGUAAAGUCAUUUAAACCUUUCAACAAUUUGAGGCUCGAGCGGAUAACGGUUACGUUCAACGCUUCCGGGUCUUUUUGCGUGAUACUGCGGGUUCACUUCAGGUGACAGGCUGGCGUGGGUCUGUUGCAGGCUACCUGGCUGGUUUCCUGUUGAUUUACACUAACAUGGUUCACGGUGAAGAGACUAAAGAUGAGCCUUGGAUCUACAGUUUUAGCAGAGCAGCCUCUCUUGUCGUCACCCACCUGAUCUGCUUCGUAUUCACUGUUUUCAUCACAGCUCUGUCUCGUCCAGGUUCAAGUUUGUUCUCCUGGCAUCCUUUCUUAAUGACACUUGCAUUCUCCUUAUUCAUGACAGAAGCCAUACUCCUGUUCUCGCCUCAUGGCUCCCCCAUCAAAAGGUUACCACACAAAACCAAAGGCCGCGUUCACUGGAUCCUGCAGGUCCUCUGUGUGUCUUGUGCAGUCCUGGGCCUGGCAGCCAUCUCCUACAACAAACACUUGAAUGAUAAACCCCACUUCACCUCGUGGCAUGGUUUUCUGGGGCUGCUUACAGUGUGUGUGGUGGGGCUUCAGUCUGUGGCUGCUGUGCCUCUCAUCUACCACUCCCUGGCCAAAGGCUGGUCCCUGGCCAAACUCAAACGCUACCACGCAGCAUCUGGACUCGUCACGUACCUGCUGGGGAGUGCCAGCCUACUCCUGGGUCUCUGCUCGGCCUGGUUCACUAAAUCUGUGGAUGGAUACAUGUGGUACCUGCCAGCACUGUGCCCUGUCCUCAGUGCACUCGUUAUGAUGAACCAGGUCACCAGCUCCUAUGUGGCCAAGAAACGGUUCCAGUCCUGACAGAAGACAUGCUAUCAAACAUGAACCAAAACAAUCAUUAAAUUCAUUGAUUGCCAACAACAUUACAUUUUUAUGUUUGCAAGAAUAUGAAGAAGGCACUGCUUCCAGGCCAGUAUGCCACUUUGAAAGUCAGCAUUUCAAGAAACAUCACCCAACUCUAAAACAAUAAAAUAUUUUUCUUCCUUAGGCUAUUUUUUGAAAUUUCAUUUUACAGGCAUAAUGCCUAUAUUGUCUUUUGUGGUUUCUGAAUUAUAUUUAUUUUAUGACCAAAAACUUGCCAAUAAGGAGGAGCUUUAAAUUUAUGCUGAUUUUUCAGGCAUUAUGCUAAUGGUCUUACUGACUUUUGAAGGUCAUGAAGAGUACUGUACAUCAAUUUGUAGACUAUUUAAUAACCAGAUUAACCUCAUCACAGGAGCUUUAAUCAUAUUCCCAUCGGCCUUGACACUACUUUGUGUUUAAGGGUUAAAAGCACAUUAGGAUCCUAAUCAUCUAGAACAGUGCUUCUCAACUGGUGGGUCAGGACCCAAAAGUGGGUUGUCAGAGUCUAUGAACUGCUUUAAUUUGUUUUCUGCAAUUUAAAUUUUUAAUAGCAGAAAAUAAUCAAAAAGUGCUUGACAGAAUUUUUUAUUAUUUAGGUUUGUUUUUUUUAUUGUGGAUAUCCUGAAACCUUUUGGAAAUAUUCUAAGAAUAUUCCCUCAGUUUUUGGGAGUUUUCUGUCAGCAUUUUACCAGAAUUUUUUGGACUUGUUUACUACGGUAGCCUGGAAAUGUAAUACAAAACACAAAGUCUGAAACACUUUUACAAAACUUGAGUCAAAUUUAAAUGAACAAAAACAUGUUUACAUUUCAUUGAAAGAAUAACAUUUAAGAGAAAACAUACAAAAGCUGAAACAAAUUUACAUUUAUCAAAACACUUAAAUGAAAAAAAAAAACCUUUUACAUGAGCUGAGACAAAUUAACAAAAUGCUGAAAAUUUUGUCAUUUUAUAAAAGGGUUUUAAUAUGAAUUUGUUUUAUCUCUUAAAAUGUUUGGUUAAAUGUAAAUUGGUUUUAUCUUUUGUAAAAGUGUUUGAUUUAUGAAAUGUUAAAAUGUUGUUUUUUGUUUUUUUUUUGGUCACAAUGUUUUGUUAAUGUAACUUCUUGUUAAUGUAAAGUUUUGUUAAAGUGUUUCAGACUGUCAUUUUUUAUUGCACUUCCAGGCCACCGUACUUGUCUCGUAAAUGUAAAGAAAUUCCAGAGGAACGUGAACCAUUUUGGAACUUCCAUCAUGACUUACAAGGACUUUUCAAAGAACCUUUCAGCAGUCUUCUCUAGGAUGUUUCCAGAAAUAUUUCAGGAAUUUUCACUUAAAAAAAUUAGUGAAUUUUUGGGAACCUUCUUGGAGACUUUUGGAAUUAUCUGGAACAUCUCAGAAGUUUUCAGGAAUCUUCUAUAAUGCUUUUCCCAGAAGCUGUGGGGUGUUUAUUUUUUUAUGUACUGGAGCUCCAAACAACAGUGUAAUUUAUUAAAUAAACUGGUUGGAAAAUUAGCAGGGAAUUUGGGUCGCAAUGACCCAUAAAGGAGUUGGUAUUGGGUCCUGAGGCUAGACCAGUUGAUAACCACUGUUUUGGAACAUGGUAAAUACUUUACCUGCAAGACAUCAGCAUGUUAACCUUAGCAUUCAGCCAGCAACUUCUAUUCCUGCAUAUAAAAUUAAAGCAAGCAUGCCUGCAAUCAAGUUCUAGACCUAAUAAGUAAAAAAAAAUGAAUUACUUUAGGCAAAAUAAUCCAAACAAUACAAUUAAACUGCAAAGAAAUGUAAGGAUUUAAAGCAACUGGUAAUAGUUUUUAUUCAGACUGUAUGCAGCAUGAGACUCGGUGAGACGCUGGCAUGCCUCUAACUCUUAGACUGGAUGCAAUGUCUGUGUCUUUUGGAUGGUCCCACCAUUUUAAUGACACAUAAUCGAUAAAUUGCAACAAAAUGUUCAGGGGAUAAAUGUGGAAAGGGUACAGGCUAACAGAAAUAUCUUGCUUUUAGCCUCUUCAGCUUCCACAUAGAAAGGUUGAUGAAGGAAGUGGUUGUUUUUAGGGUUGAGCAACCAGAGCAUAAACUUUAAGAUAAAGGCAUUGAUUCAAAGUUAAAGCCAAGGUUAUCAGAUCAAGGCUAUCAAAUGGUUGGUAAUUCAUAUUUGUAUCUGCUACAUAGGCAGUCAAUUCAUUAUUCAGUUUCCUCUUUUAUUGACGAUUUUUAGAAUGUUCAUGAAAAAAUAGAACAAUUCAUAAUUAAAGUCAAGGGUUUAAGCUUCCAAGUGUUUUUAGAUUCAUAAACACUAUCUUCUACAGAGGUUGAGAAAUUUAAGAUUUCAAUAAAAUUCUGUGCAGUUUUUGGAAACGACUGAAGUUUUUGGAGGUUCUUUUCAAACAAUACUUACCCUCAUGUCUAAAUGGGUUAAAAAUGCAAAGGUUUAGAGUGAAAUUAUAAAUCAGCUUAAUGUAACAAGCCAAUCCCGGCUGAACUAUAAGGAUCAUUUCCAAGUACGUUAGGUCUCUCAGAUUCAAGUUUACAAGCUAGUUCAGGAGUGGUAGCACAGCUGAUGAGCUUCACGCCUCCUCAGCUAAAUGUUCUGUUUAUCAUUUGGUGCAAGUGGCUUGAAAGAGUGAUGCAGGAUGGGGUGGAGUCGGAAAGGUUGUAUGAUUUUCAAAACUGCCUGCUGCAGCUUAAAUUGACCUCCUUUUCGCUCAUGUAAACUGAGAUGUUUCAGAAUUUACUGAUGCAAGUUACUGCCUUAUUUUGUUUUCAUUUUUUGAUAUUCACUUAUUUGUA